AUGCAUGACCAUCGCAUCCGCACUACGGAUGCGUUAUUGGAAUCGCAUCCGCACUACGGAUGCGUUAUUAGAAUCGCAUCCGCACUACGGAUGCGAAAACUUUAUCUUUACCUUAUUACUUUAGAGAAACCUUUGGAUUACCAAAUGCAUUACCUCAAAACUAUAAACGAUUAUAGUUUUUGCGAUUUGUUAGAAAAUAAACUUUUCCUCUCCCAUAUGACCACUGGUUUGAGGAUUAUGUUGUGCAUCUAUAAAGAGAGAUUACUAUGGCAGGACUUUGUGUUAGACAAUGGCUGUUUGGAUGGGAUCAUUUUCAUUGAAGAAGGUGUUGAAGAUAGUAUGAUUGGUAUUGUCGGCUUUGAACGCAGUGCGAAGUUGUUGUUGAGUGCGCUUCCUUUUCGUAUUGCGUCGCUUUCGGUCCACUUUGAGUUGCAAUACAAUAUGAAUGACGAUCCCCAACAGGAAUGA